AUGGAUUCGACCACGCCGAAGAGCACAUCGAUUACGCAGUCGCGCUUCGGUUUCCUGUCGGCGCUCACAACGCGGUUAACCAGCCAGUCACCCGUCACUCCCCUCUCUGAAGAAGAGAUACUCAAUCUCAACGUUGAAGCGGCUCUGUACCCGUCGAUGUCACCCUCCGAACGCGAUACCUUUUCCCCAGCAGCCUACAAGAAUCUCCAAAUAAACGCAACUGGUCUCGUUCUCAAGAUGCAGAGCGCCUACCGCGAGCGCACCACCGCCUUCCAGGAAAUACAAGCCGAACGCUCAGUCGAAAAAGAAGAGGCAGAGGAGAUCAACAUGCGGGUCGAGAGUCUAAAGAUGCAACUCGAACACAUGGCCAGCAAAGCCGCGGAGCAAGAGCAGGCCAUGCAACAAUUGAUGCGGGAGCUCAAAGCCGAGAAGAAGGCCCGCAUCGAGGAACGUCUCACGCGCGAAAAGCUCCUAGCCGAAGGACCCAUAGUGAACGAGGACUUGGGCGUCGACGAAGCUGAGCGCCAAAAGUGGAGAAAGUCUGGGCUCACCGUCAAAUCCGAUGUUAGCUUCGACACAGACGAGGAGAGCGCCGAAAGCGAGAGCGUCUUCUCCCGCAGCCGCAGUCCGACCAUCAUGACGAGUGCGAGGGAGAGCACCAUCGAUCUGCCCACUGUCCAGCCUGGAAAGACUGCCAGUAUGGAAGCCACGCCCAAGUCUAAGACGGCCAAGGAGAUGACCACAUUUCAGAAAUUGUUUAAAGGCAUAUCCGGAGACACCACGAAAGACGAUGGAGGUCUUGGAGCGGACGGGUGCAAGAAUUGCCGGGGACGGGACUCGAGUGUUGCUUGGGAUACUGUUAGCCUGCUUAGAGAUGAGAAUCGGGGGCUGAAGCAUCGAGUCGCGGAUUUGGAGGUGGCUGUUGACGGCGCUUUAGAUGUGGUUAACGGUAUUGGGUUAUGA